AUGAAAACAUACGCAGUUGUGCUUCUCGUCAUUGCCUCCAUCGCCGCAUAUUUCUGCUUCAUUAUAUGUCUCGGUGAAUACUGCCGCCGCCGGGACAUCCGCCGCCUAAGGCGGCAUGCGGAGGCAAGGACCGUCCCCGGGACCGCCAAUCAACCACCAAUGGCGACCGUCCCCAUUGAAGUCGAGAGAAGUGGAGCAAGUGACGGUGAGAUGAUUAUUCUGGGAGGAGGAGGAGCCGCCGAAGGCGGAGACGGCGGCGCCGUCGGGGAUUCCGGUGGUUGUGGCGGCGGUGGUUGUGGUGGUGGCUGUGGCGGUGGCUGUGGAGGUGGUUGUGGUGGUGGUGGUGGUGACUGA